UCAAGACCAGAGGCUGCAUCGCCUGCCCCUCGUCUUACGUUCCGGACCCCCCCGGCGAAACUGCCGCCGAGGCCGCCAUGGGCGGCUGGCAGCAAGUCGACAAAUUGGUCCGCAAAAACUUUUUGCUCAAGGCGCGGCGCCCUCGAUCGACAUGCUUCGAGCUCGUCAUGCCCAUCAUCCUGUUCGGGAUCCUCGUACUGCUGAGGCGCACGUACAACGGCGAGAUCGAGACCUUCCCCGCCACAUUCUAUCCCCGGGGGGUCGUACAUCUUCCCACUGUCCCAGGACCUCGUCAAUGGGCGGCUAGGUGACACGCUCGGCUUCGGUGCGGGCCUUGGACUGCAACCAUCGGAGGGUGGCCAGGGCUUCGGCGGCCGCCUCGUGGCCUCCGCGCUCUGCAACGGCACCGUGAGGCAGAUGGCAACGGAGUGGCUGGAGGCACAGCUGGACAGGAAGGUCAUUGGCAACGUGACCCUGGCGGAGCAGCUGCAGCAGCUGGACGCUGCCGAGGAGGCAGAACGCGUGCGCGGGUGGCUUGUGAGUGCCCAGAGUUGCGACGUCGCGAACGUCACCGGGGAGCUCGAGAAGGCCCGGCAGGGCUACCUCGACUCCGCGUUGAGGAGGAUGCUCGAGGGUAAUGCCUCUCGCCUCGACUCCGAGCUCGCCAGGCAAGUCCAGGAGUUCCGCUCGCAGCUCAGUGGCGAGCUCUCCCAGCUCUGGGACUACCUCCAAGGCGAGGGCAGUAGCGCGAGCGGCUGGCUGGUCGAGUACGUUGAGCGCAAUUUGAACGACACCUGUCACUUGCAAGGGCCUCUCUGGAAUCACUCCUGCAAUACCAGCGAGCUCGCCAGCAACCUGCAGCUCGCGAGCGUGGCCAUGGAGCACUUCCAGGGGUGGAUCGAGAACGUCACCGGCAUCGAGGUCUCCUGGCUGGACUGGUUCGGGAACCUCUCCGCCAUCGAGGCCGAGACCUCUUGGCUCCGCAACCUCACGCUUGCGGGCGCUUGGAGCCUGGGCCAGCUGGAUCGCGAGGCCCUCCAGGAGCUCGCCGACCAGGCGAAGUCCUACAUCGCGGAGGUGGCCGCCCAGGUGGAGGGCUACCUCAACAAUGCCAGCACGGGCGGCGAAUACGCGUACCAGCUACCGAUUGGCGCCUUCGCACAGGCGGACAGGAUCGUCUUGUGGACCUCGCACUUUCUGAAGCCGGCCUCAGCCAGCUUAGAGUUCUUGGAGGAGGUCCAGGCCGUCGCGAGCAUGGCCGCCUCGGAGCCAGAGCCAGAGCCGGAGCCAGAGACCGAACUGCUGGACCUGGCCCAGGAGUUCGACACUCAGGUUGUGCAGAAGUUGUACGAGAUGAUCGACUAUUGGACGAAGGCGAACCAGACGGACAAGGCGAUCGAGUACAUUGAGCAAUUCUGCCAGGAGCUUAACCGGACGAUCGACGUCGCGCUUGAGCUGAGGGUAGAGUACGACCAUGAGAUCCAGGUGUCCUUCGGGUUCCUGGACAGCCUGCGGUCCGCGCUCGCGGACCUGGAGGGCCUCAACGCCUCCGCCAUCGAGGCGAACCUGGUCCCACAGUGGGCGGACCAGUGGCAGGUGGAGUGCGAGAGAGUGAAUGCAUCUGCGAUCGCGGAUUUCAUCGAGCGCAUGCGCGACGACUGCCCGCUGUGCGUGCAGAUGUUGAACCUCACCUCCAUGGACAGCUUCUCGUACUGGGUCGCGAUGGCGCACGACUGGAUCGAGGGGGUGGACCUCUCUGCCCUCGAGGCGAACCUCACGCAGUGGCAGGUGCUCCUGCAGGGCGUCGACCCCGACGAGGUCUACAACGUGACUCUCAGCUUCUUGCAGGCCUUCCAGCUGGAGGAGGUCGAGGAGGGCAUCUCCGUUGCCGCGCAGUGCGCCGAGACGCUGUUUCAGGACCUGCGCGGCCGCGCAGAGCAGUGGCUCGAUGCCAACCUCAGCUGCGACCAGCCUCUGGAGCUCGACCUCGACUUCGACUGGAGCUGGGACAACCUGUCGUGGUGGGAGGGCUUCCAGCAGCUCGGUGGCCAGACCUUCAGGCGCCUCCAGCGCAGAGACGACGGCGACGAGGACGAUGUGGAGGGCAUGGACUGGCUGGUUCAGGGCCUCCUUGCCCAGCGGAAGUUGUUGGUGGCGCCGUACAAGGGAGACGCCAAGAAGCUCUUCGAGAACAUGAUCGCGGAGGUCGUUCUCAGCCUGACAGACUGGAGGCACCUGGACCUUGGCGAGCUCAAUCGGCUGAAGGACUGGGACGCGUUCGGGGAGGCCAUGGAGGGCUUCCUGGCCUGGGUGCGUGGAGGGGCUGCCAUGGCAGUCGAGUGGGCCCUACUCGAUGGGUUCAUGCUCACGUUCGACUCGGAGAGUGAGAUGCUGGACUGGGUAAAAGACCACCCGACCGAGGUGAUCGCUGGGCUGGUCUUCGACAGCGUGGAUGCCGACGGUAAUCUGGUCGGCAGCGGUGUCGACGUGAGGUACAAGGUCCGCAUGGACCAGAACAUCCUGCCGGCCACGACGAGGCUGAUAACGCGGGUGAGCGGUGCCAUGCUCGGACGGCUCUCCAGCGGCACCUCCACCUACGAGACGGUCUUCUUCGUGCACCUGCAGGAGGCCAUGGCGCGCGCCGCCUCCCGCCUCGAGGCGCAGCGCAGGGCCCCCGGCGGCGGCGGGGAGGCCCGCCGCGCCUCCGCUGCGGAGGGUCCGGGGGAGUGCGGGGUGGGCUGCAACGCCUUCGCCAACGACGCGACGGAGGCGAGCCGCUCCGUGUCCGUCAGCCUGCAGCACUUCCCGCAGCCCGGCUACGAGGAGGACAACUUCAUCUACAUCAUCCAGUACAUGCUGCCCUUCUUCAUGGUCAUCGGCUGGCUCUACGUGGUCUCGCUGCUGGUGAGCGGCAUCGUGUACGAGAAGCAGGAGCGCCUCCGCGAGGUGAUGCGCAUCCAGGGCCUGAGGACGUGGGUGUACUGGACCGGCUGGUGGGUAUCCGCGAUGACACAGAUGGCUUUGGUCUCUGCGGUCAUCAUGCUCAUGAUGAGUGGCGGCGGCGUCUUCAAGUACAGCGAUCCAUUUCUGAUAUUCGUGUUCUUCCUGGUGUACUCGGCGUCAACCAUCUCGCUCGCCAUGCUCAUCUCGGCAUGCUUCAAUCGAGCUAUGGUCGCCGCUGUCUGUGCGGGCGUGCUGUACUACACGUUGUAUAUACCCUACAGCCCCUACAACAGGUUCGAGCCGUUCAUGGGGACACCACAGAAGAUGGCGUACUGCCUCCUGAGCCCCACCGCUCUCGGCGUCGGCACGGGCAUCAUCGCCAAGUGGGAGCUGGACGAGAGCGGCCUCACGUGGGGGAACCUCUUCAAGCCCUACCCCAUCAGCAACCAGGGGACCUUGCCGCUCGGAGACUUCAGCAUGGGACACGUGCUCUUAAUGCUAAUCGUCGAUAUCGUCCUGUACCAGCUCCUCGGGUGGUACAUCGAGAAGGUCUUCCCGGGGGAGCUCGGCCUCCCACAGCCGUGGUACUUCCUCCUCAUGCCCUCCUACUGGAAGAGCAAGGUGCGCCAGCCGACGGGCGCGGCGGUGGCAGCGGGCCCGGUGGCCGAGCAGAAGGACAACAAGCAGCUCGUGUGCUGGGAGGCUGCCGCCGACGACCUCGUGCCCACCGCCCAGAUCCGAAACCUGGCCAAGACAUUCGCGGGAGUCUCCCGCUGCGGUGGGAUCAUCGGCAAGCUGUGCGGCGACGCUCCGCCCAAGCGGGCGCUCAAGGGCAUCAGCCUGGACCUUCACAAGGGCACCGUCCUGGGCCUUCUCGGGCACAACGGCGCCGGGAAGUCGACGACCAUGUCCAUCCUGACCGGCAUAUAUCCCCCCACCGAGGGCGACGUGUACGUGAACGGCCACUCAGUGAGCGCCGACUCCCAGAAGGUGCGCGAGCAGCUGGGCGUCUGCCUGCAGUCGAACGCCCUGUACAACGUCCUCACCUGCGAGGAACACCUGUCGCUCUUCUGCAGCCUGAAAGGCGUGCCCAGGAGCCGCGUGCAGGCCGACGUGACCUCGCUGCUCGAGAGCAUCGGGCUCACCGCCAAGAGGUCGGCGAUGUCCAAGGCCCUGAGCGGCGGCAUGAAGCGUCGCCUCUCGAUCGGCAUCGCGCUCUCGGGGGGCUCCUCGAUCGUGGCGCUGGACGAGCCGACGGCGGGUGUGGACGCGGGCUCCCGCCGCGACAUAUGGCACAUUCUUGCUGGCCAGAAGGCCUCUCGCGCCAUCCUGCUCUCGACCCACUUCAUGGACGAGGCGGACGUGCUUUCCGACCGCAUCGCCAUCAUCGCCGAGGGCGAGUUGGUGGCGAUCGGCAGCAGCAUGGCCCUGAAGCGCCACUUCGCCGACAGCUACUUGCUGACUGUUGUUGCGUCCGACAGCGCCGACCCCGCUCUGCUGCUGGCCGCGGUGCGGGAGUCCGUGCCGCAGGCCGAGGCGGCUGGCAGCCGCGGCCGCGAGCACAGCUUCGUGCUGCCCAACUCGGCGCGGCCGCUCUUCGCCACGCUCUUCGCCUCGCUGCAGGACGCGGACAGGCGCAAGCGGCUCGGGGUGGACACCUACGGCCUCAGCGCCGCGACCAUGGAGGAGGUCUUCCUCCAGGCCUCUUCCACGCGUGAGGAGGGCCUGCGCGGCCGUGUCCGCAACGCGGGCCAGGCGAUCGAGGCUCCGCCACAGAAGUCGCCCGCGGGCUCUGACAGCGGCUCCGACGCCGGGACGAAGACGCCCUCCAGCAGCAGCGGCAAGGGCGCUGGUAGCAGCGAGGACCAUGCCGAGUCUGGCAGCAACUCUGGGCAGUCCGGCGAUUCCCCUCAGUCGAAGUGCCGCAUGGCCUCAGUGGCCGACGGGAAGGAGGCCAGCCCCAGCAGCGUGCACGAGACGUUCCCGGGCGCCGGCGGGAAGGACCCGGUGUUCUCGCCGUCGUGCAUGGUGACCUCCCCGCCGCCCGAGCAGGCGCCGCAGCUCGGUGACGGGUCCGCCCAGCCGGCAAAGGUGCCAGCUGGCCUGGCGAAGCAGGCCGAGCAGGCGUCGUUCGAAACGGUCGGCGGCCCCGUCCUGUCGCAGCAGCAGUUCAGGGCCCGCCUGUGGAUGCGGCUCGUGAGCAUCAAGCGUGACCGGAAGGCGUGGGCCUCGCAGCUGGUGAUGCCCGCGUCCUUGAUCUUCGUUGCGAUGAUCGCGGCGACAGUCAUCUUGGCGUCGCAGGAGCAGCCGGCGCUGAAGCUGAGCACCGAGGUCUUCACCGAGGUCUCGUGGACGGGCAAGCACGACCUGCUCAUAUUCGACGAUCCGGCCGACGCGAACGGGCAGCAGAUGGCCCAGUUACUGGAGCAGUCCACAGCGGCCUCGGAGUCCGCUGUCAUGCUGGACACCCAGCGGUACCAGCAGGGCAUGGGGCAGUAUCUGAUGGAUCACGCGUACGACCUUACCACGAGCUUCGGCGCGGUGUCGGUGGACGACACCAGCGGCACGACGGGGGUCGCGAGCAGCGAGCUGAACCUUUGGUUCAAGAGCCAGCACGCGCAUGCUGUCCCCGCCCUCAUGAACCUCGCCAGCCAGGCCCGCUUCCGGAUGAUGGGCCAGGAGCAGGAGGUGUCGUCGCAGGUCUACAGCCACCCGCUGCCACAGUACUCCGUGGACCUCGAGGAAGAGCAGAACGGCGGCGGCCAGGCCAUGCUGACGCUGCUUGUCGCGCUGACUGUGAUCGUCGCCAUGGGUUUCAUUCCGGCGAGCUUCGUCGUGAAUUUGGUGCACGAGAGAAUCACCGAUUCGAAGCACCAGCAGCUGCUCGCAGGCCUGUCCCAGAAGAUGUACUGGAUGUCGCACUACGCGUCCGACAUGCUCAACUUCAUGAUACCGGUGGUCUUCUGCUGGCUGCAGUUCGUCUUCUUCCAGAUCGAAGCCUACAGCGGGGAAAACUCAUUCGCGGUGCUGAUGGUGCUGACCGCCUACGGCGUCUGCAUGUCGCCUUUCAUGUACUGCUGGGAGGGGUUAUUCCAGGUGCCCUCCAUGGCAUACGUCUCCAUGAUCUGCAUCAACAUUUUUCUCGGAACCACAACCACUCUCGCAACCUCCACGAUGGACAUCCUCGAGAACGAGUUGCCCGAGGUUAAGCCGUGGAAUGCUGCCUGCAAGCAGUUGUUCCCAGUUUUCGUCCCCUCCUACAAUCUCGGCCGUGGCCUCAUCGAGAUCGCCACGAACCAUUUCACCAAGAAGUUUGCCGCCGACUACGAGCUGUGCCAGCUGGACAGCCUGAGGUGCGGCAAGUCGCCCCUUGACUGGGACGUGGGAGGAGAGUACCUCUUCUGGCUGCUGAUCAUGGCGCCCGCGUGGUUCAUGCUGCGGCUGUUCCUGGAGUGGCGGGUGUUCCAAAGGCGGGGCCUCAAGUCCUCGCCCGCCCAGCGCGACGCCAGCGACGAGGCCGUGCAGGAGGAGGCCGCCCGCGUGGCGGAGGGCAGGAGCUCGCCGCACGCCGGCGGCAAGGACGCCCUGGUGAUCUGGAACCUGUCGAAGACCUUCCGGACCGGGCGCGGCUGCUGCCGGAAGGCCGCCGAGGUGCGGUCCGUCCGCGGCAUCAGCGUCGGCGUGGCGCCCGGCGAGUGCUUCGGGCUGCUGGGCGUGAACGGUGCGGGGAAGACGACCACGAUGAGGAUGAUCACCGGGGACACCGAGAUCGGGGGCGGCGACGUGACCCUGGGCGGCUGGAGCAUCAGGAACAGGCGCGACAAGGCCCGCAAGCAUCUCGGCUACUGCCCGCAGUUCGACGCCCUGCCCGACAAGCUGACCACGCGCCAGACGCUGGUCUUCUACGCCCUGCUCCGCGGCGUCGCCCCGAGCAAGGUGGGCCAGGUGGUCGACAGCAUGAUCGGCCGAAUGUGCCUGGAGGCCCACGAGCACCGCCUGACCCAGCACCUGAGCGGCGGCAACAAGCGGAAGCUCUCCACGGCUCUCGCCCUCAUCGGCGAGCCCGACGUGGUGCUCCUGGACGAGCCCUCCACGGGCAUCGACGUGGGCGCGCGCCGCUUCCUCUGGGACUUCCUGGGCGAGAUCCGCCAGCGCGGCCACGCCCUGGUGCUCACGAGCCACUCCAUGGACGAGUGCGAGGUCCUCUGCACCCGGCUCACGGUCAUGGUGCACGGAGAGUUCCGGUGCUUGGGCAGCCCGACGCAGCUCAAGGACAAGUACGGAGGCGGCUACACGCUCACGAUCAAGGCCGUGCCGAAGCAGCAGCACGAGCCGGAGGAUUCCAACAGCAUCGCCUCGCCGCAGGGCCUCCCUGUGGACGUCAUCCGGAACUUCAUCACGUCGGAGGUCCCCGAGGCGGUGCUGGCGGAGGAGAAUGUGGGCCUCUUCCGCUACCGCCUCGGGGGCGGCGAGCUGACCGGCCUGUCCCAGCGGGCCGUCUCGCUGUCGGACCUCUUCGCCAAGCUCGAGGGCGCCAUGCAGGACCCAGCCGCGCUCAAGGGCAUCAUCUCGGACUACACGAUCUCGCAGACCUCGCUCGAGGAGGUCUUCCUCCACUUCUCCAAGGAGGUCGAGCAAUCCGUGUUCGCCAAUGCUCUGGGCGACGAGGAGACGGCAUCGAAGACGUCAGCAAGUCGGGGGACACAGUCCGUGUGAGCAGUACGACCGUUGGCGCGUCAGACACCGUCGAGAGUUUUUCGGCAUGCUCCGUGCCAUGUCCGGCUGGACGCGCCCCAAGUCUGCAGCUUUUGCCACGCGGCUAGUGCUCCAUUCGUCCAGUGCAGCGCCAGUCAGCAUGCCCACUCCUAGCUGGUGGCCCGACCAGACGAGCCAGCCGCAGCAAGCCGGUUGGCCUCCGGGCGCGCCUGCGCGCUGGCCCGGAGGGCGGUUGCCGGGGGCGCCCCGCGGCAGUCAGCUUCGCUUGGCACGACAGUCGGAGGGCGGGAGUUCUCCGCGCCGCGCGCCGUGCUCGCCCUCCGGGGAGUCCCCCGAGGCCCGAGCAUGUCUUUUUCGCUGGCGUGUUUCCCGCCCAGGCGCGCGCUGUCGCGCGAUCGCGUGAUUGUACACAGACCCUCCCGCGACGCCUGCGGCGAGCCACCGCC